AUGAUUGGGCCUCCGAUCUCCUCACACGAUUACUUUGAGUUCAGACAACCGUGCACGUACGUACAUGUGCGUGUGUGUUUUCGUUCUUCGGUUGGUCGGACGAUCCUCGAGGAUCUCGUACAUCGCUCGUCUUCGCAGGUUCACGAGUUCUCAUUCACAAGGAGCACAUGCCGUCAUUUCUUGUUCGCCCUGGUGGAUCGCAACUGAUUUGAUAUUUGCCCACCCUCAAAGAGUUGUCGGUUGGUUCCAGUUUAGUGUUCAUCCUCGGAAGACCAACACCUUGGUUUUUUUUCCUUUUUUUUUAUUCUGAGAAUUCGUCCAAUUAUGUAUGACUCAUGAAGAAACGAAGUUGAAAUGAGACCGAAAGUGACUCACCUGAAAUGAAGUGCUUGAGAAUGCUGGUUACGAUCCUGUGGUUCCUGAUGGUAUGUGUACUGGUGUCAGUGGAAUCCAGUGGCAACAACUUCAAAAGUAUAAGCAUAGACCAAGAUUCAAGAGGCAACUAUUGCAAAUUGGAAAUUGACUCCAAAAUCCAACACUUGACCUUUCAAAAAAAGUUCACCAACCUUUCCUUCCUCUCAGUCAAACCCAAAUCUGUUCAGGUGGUUGGUCCUUGCUCUUGGAAGAUGUGUGCCAGAAACUGCACCUGCAUAGUGGUCAAUGAUACACAAUCAGAUUUCUUAGACGGAUAUCCUCAACUCCGGACGAAGCGCAUCCUAUAUGUUUUAAGGGUGGAGAAGGAUCAAGGUGUUGUGGCAUUCUGUUCCAAGCGGAAUCAGGAUGGCCCGAUGAUUAGCAGCAGUUCAAUGGGAAACUACUUGCCACAGAUUAGCACCUUGCCUAGUAGUAUUGAUUCCGCCGAUCAUGUUGAAACGCCCAAUUCGAGCCGGAGGAAAAAUCUAGUCAAAGAAUCUCCCAUUAACGAACAUCAGGAUGUCAACGCUCAACAAAGCGAGAGUGACAUCAAAGAUCUCGAAGAUGAGGCAGUAGAUUCACCCGAGGGCUCCCUUAAUCCAUUGAUGGAAUCUGUCGCGAGUUCACCCCUUCCCGAUCCAUUAGACACAUCGCAUAUGCAACAAGUCGAUGAAAAUCUGGGUCAAUCCGCCACCGUCUUUGACGUGGAAACUUUUGAACAGAAGGCGUUUCCCGUCACGGAACAAAGAUCUCUGCCCAAGCCAAACGGGGAACCUGUUUCUACUUUUAAAGCUCCUUCCCAAGAACCCACAAUCCAGAGCAUUGACGACGAUCCAAAGACAGAGGAACAGAAUUUGGAGAAGGAUCAGGAAACAAUUGAGACUUUUAAAGUUGGAACGACUACCACCACGAGCUUUGGCUCCGAAGAUUAUGAAGAAGAAUUGUUCCCCGUCAUGGGACAAAGAGCUUUGGCCAAAUCAACAAUGGCAUCCUUGACAACGAGUGAGGUUCCUUGGAUAGAAACAACACCUCAAGACAUUUAUGAGGGACUCAAGGUGGAACCUCAGGACCAAUAUUUGACGGAUGACCAAGAUAUCCUGGAGAACAUAAAUGUAGAAACGAACAACGUGAUCUCCAGUCAAGAAGAUCACUCGCUCGAAAUACUACCCAUGAAGAACCAAAGAACCCUACCAAAAGCGGGUUUAGCGUCCACCAGCAGUGAGAUUCCUGAGGUGGUCGCAACACAAUCGACAAUCCAGGAAGGUGUGCAGGCUCAAAAAACUCCACAAGAUGUGACAGAUAAGAAGGAAAUGCCUUCUCCAAUCGACUCAGACACAACAACCGCAAUCUCUGACCUGGAAAAUUAUAAAAUGAAAUCCUUCCCCGCCAUGGAACCGACAGCCUUUUCCAAACCAACAAAGAACCUCUCAAGCACAGAGAUGCCAGAACUUUCAAAGUUCAACGUCACACAGCAAAGAAUGACCACUGAUACCAAAAAGCCAUCGCAAAUCGAUUCCGAACCAACCAGCACGUGGUCAUUGCGGUCAGAGGAGAAUCAACUUGAAGAAUCGGAGAGCACGCUCCCAUCUUUGAAGACUACUCAAUCAAGUAUUGAGUCAGAAUUGACCACCGCAUUAUCAAGCACUGACCGAGGCCAAAGUGAAAUCCAGAUGACACGACAAAAUGACUUUGGUGUUGAUCAAAAUACUCAUUACUCUUUCGAGUUAACCACCUUAGUGUUUAGAAACAAUCUCCCAGAUUGGCCCGAUGAAACAGACCUACCGCAAUCAAGCAGGGCGCAUCAAUCUUUGACGAAAACAAGUCCACACUCGAGCGACACGACGACGUUAAUCCCCACCAUCUCGGAUUUAAAUGAAAUGCAUGCCAACGAAAUGGCAUCGUCUUCUUACAGCACCACCACCACCACCACCACCACCACCACCACCACCACCACCACCACCACCACAACAACAACAACAACAACAACAACGGCAACAACAACAACAACAACAUUGAAUCCCUCCCCAAGACAUCCUAGUCGACAAGGAGAUGAAAUCUGGGUAGAAAAUGUUCAUGCUAAUCCAAAUCGUGCAAUGACGUCAGACUCGAGAUUCAUUCCAAUUCCCAAAGACACCGAGCAAACUUCUCUCUUCGUCGAAAAGCUACCGAUCAACGUGCAUCAAAACGAGUCCAGCUGUUUUUGGACCCUAUGUGUCGUGAUAUUGAUCUGUGUCUGUGUCGUCUCUUUGGUGUCGGUGGUAUUUUGGGUACUUUGCAAAACCCGAAAAUGUUCGAACUAUCGGGAUCCCAAUGUUUGCUCAACACCGAUAAGUCAGGACAAUGAAGAGGUGCGACUAACUUUGCUGAGUGAACAUCAGAUGAAAGUCCCAUAAAAACCGCUUCGUUCAUUUGUAGUCAACUCCACUUCACAAUCAGUUUCCUUGUCGUGGAGCAAGUUUACGACAAAUUGAACCUCCCCAAAUGGUGUAAUAGAAAGGCUGGCCCUCUUUUGUGUCAGGUAAAGGGUAGAUGGGCUCUCACAUUCCUCAUAUAUAUUCGAAUUCUAUUCAACGUCUUCUCAAUGACAGUGCGUAUGUAGUGCGAUGUCCCCCAGAAAUCCGGGAUGUGUAAGCUUGCGGACAAAAGUAAUCUGGCAGUUUUCAGUUUGUCCGGUCGGUCUCCCACUGAGCGAUGAUCCGACGUCCCCAUUAAUAAAGAUCACCCACCACCCAUGGAUACGAGUGCCUCGCUCAGGACUACCUUUUCCCCAGCAGCAUCUUUGGUGGGUCCAUCCAAUAGAAAAAAAAACAGACUCCCAAAAACGUCGUAGCCUCUCCAAGGCUUUUGAAGCCAAUGUCGAGUCACAUUAAGCUUGAAAUGAUACUCCCGUCCAAUCGAUCAAAAGAGGAGACUAACUAUCAAAAGCGAUUCCUCAUUAGAGUGAAAAAUUCCCAAUGUGUGUUUGUGUGUGUGUGAGAUACCCUCCCAGUACUCUGUCACCGUCUAAAGCUUCUUCAAUUCUCUUGGUAACAAUGUGUAUCUUCACCUUAAUCGGAUGUUCAGGCUCUGUUUCGGUGGUCUGCCUGUUCAUGACUCAUGACUGAGGGACUAUGAAGACACACUAUGGUUGGGUGUCAGUGCUUCCGAAGCAAGAUCGAACUUUAUCAGGCGAGCUCAUGAAAGGAAACUAGGUAUCAGGCCUCAGUGACCGCGAACAGUUUGGUAAUGGCGCUCAAGAUAUGGUUGCAAACCGGAUUUUGAGAAGAAUGCCAAUGGUCGUCGGAGUUCGAGUGAUGCUUGGCACCUUUUCUCUUUUAAAAAAACAUUCCCACCGCAAACCCUUGCUAUUAGUUAAGCACAUUGUAUGUAGAUGACGUACUAUUAAUAACCCAUAAACAUCAUGUUAUCCGCAUCAUUGUGGGUAGACUUGUAACUUGGCUUAAUGAGAAAAAUAUAAAUGCAUAGAAAGCCGGUUUUGA